AUGGAUCAAUCGACUCUCCAAGACGGCCGCAAAACAAAGAUUUCUGAGCCAAAGCACACGGGCAAUAACAACGGCAGUCAGGAAGAGGCGUCGAAGCACACCUUCAAGGCUACACAGAGCAACACUGGGCACAUUUCAGAUCCCAGCUAUAAUGAUGCUCCUGAAGGCAACUUACUCGCUCGGAACUUGCCCCAUCCUAUCACGAGCAAACGUCUGGUUCUUGUUGACCGAUCGGGGUUCGCGGAGCCACGAAGACUUGCUGCCAGUGCUGUCACCCGGGACAACCUUCGCCAACAGCAGUCUCUGCUUGCUGCACUGACUCCAAUGACACUAUGGGAGUCCGAAUCGAUGAAGACUGGCGUUUGGAACAGUGUGGGCGCCGUUGUGGUGACCGAAGUUGUGGAUGCAGUCUGCAGAUGGAUUGUCUUCGAAGAGGAAUAA